AUGGAUGUUAAUGACAGUGAAAUCGAUAAAUUGUCUAAACGGGCGACAAACGAUACGAUUGAGGCAACAAUUUCAAACUUAUCAUCCCCUCGUCAAAGCGAAAGGUCUAGUUUGUCGAUUCAGCCAGAAUGGUAUCAACCGAGCGAAACGAGGAUUGACAUAUCUCUGUCAUCCUUGCCUACUCCAGAGACGAUAGAUGCGUGCACGUUUUCACCUGAUGGGAAUCAUCUGGCGACAUAUUCAGGAGCAGAGGGAAAGAUUACUAUUUGGAGCGUAGAUGAAUUGCAGCAAGGGCAUCAGCUACAACCUUCUUGGGUUAGCACUAAAAACACCACUCUUAUCCCAAGACAAUAUUUGAAAAAGACGAAAAGUUUUGCUCCAAUUGCUUUACCGAUGACGGAAUUAGAAAAAGAACACGCGACAGAUAGCAUGAAGAAAACAGAAAAAAUUAUUGGGAGGCAUCAUUUCUUGGAACAAGGAUUUACAAAGGUUAUUGCAUGUAAUGGCGACAGGUUAUACGAAUCAGGUCCGGGAUAUGAGAGGGACCCCGGGCUACAAAAUGACCACCCCAUUGUUGAGUUGAGAAUAGAACCGUGGAAUAUCUAUAAUCCUGUUAAAUCAGCAUUUAUACUUGAUGAUAAAAGUGAACGAGUAUUGUUUAUUGGUAAACAGACAAUCCAGUUAUGGACGUUUGGAUCAGGUGCCAAACGUCUGCAGUAUGUGUGGUGCAAACCAUUGAAAGAUAUUGAGGGCAAAGUGCCUGUCACCGUGUAUGCCACAAUAAAAGAAGCAAUUUUGAAGAGAGCGCAAGGUGAUAGAUUUGUUCUCCAAGUAACUUACGCAAUCUCUGGUAAAGAUAAACGCAGCUUUUCCAAGUUUGGUAUCCAACCUACAAACGAAUUUUCGCUCAGAGAACGCAUACAAAGAGUCAAAAAACGUCCACGCAAUUUAGAAGCCAUCUCUGAUAACGAGUCAAGAGAAGAAGAAUUAUUAUUACCGAGCGAGGAAGAAUUUGCCACGUUCAAUAUUAUUACGCACGCAUCCUAUGUUCUGGGGUUCUUGGAUCACAUCGAGCGUAAAUACUGGAUUCAAAUCGGUUCUGGCAACAGCCGUCAUCAUUUCGAAGAACUUCUUCAAAAGUGUAGCAAUAUUGUUUACGAGGCCAUUCAAUCACAUACUCAUUUAUUUAAUCAGAUAGUGAAAGGUCAAUCACCUUUAGAAGUAUUGAUCAGAUCUGACUGCAAACACACGGAUAAGAUGAUCAAAGCUUUGUUAAAGACGAACAAACAUAUUCCUCGAUUCCAUGAUAGCGGUCGUACCAAAUCUGCUCUCUCCCGUGCCAUAUCUUUGGGUAAAACUGAAGUAGUGCAUUCUCUGUUGAACUACUAUUGCAGGCGAGCAUCAGAAAAUCCAGUGUCAUGGACAAUUACUGUCGUCCCGGCAUAUAACAAAUUAAGGUUAAUGUAUCCGGACUUUGCUUUGGAAGUAAUGGAAAAGCUCAGUUAUUUGCCAUCGACUAAGAAUAUUGAAAGAAGUAACAGAGAAGAGAAUUUUGCAUUCUCAAAGGUUGAGGAAUUGACACGCGAAGCCGAUGACACUUUUUGGCAGAAAUUUAAAACAUUUUAUUAUAAAAGUGAAAGACGGAUCGAUCAUCAGAUUGAAAAGGCCAAUGAUCUCAUCCGUAUUCCACAUAAAACUCAUCCGGCCCGUGAAUGCGUUGUACCCUUACCGGGCUUUACUGUAUAUCGGCCUCCACCCAAGAAAACUGCUAAAGAACUGUCCAGAUCUAGGUUUCCCCUCUUACUCAAGUUGGCUGAUGGAUUUAGAUGGCGUAAAUUUCGAUCUCCGUUUGUUGAAACGGCUCUAUCUGGUCGAUACGAUAUAUUUGGCGAACCUGCCAUGGAGGCUGUCAUCAACUUCAAGUGGAGGAAAUUUGCUAGGAUGCGGAUUUUCUUCUUUAUUUUUAUGUAUGUAUUGUACGUUGCGGCAUACGCGACUGCUAUCACUUUGAAUGAUCCCACAGAUCCGAAUUACGUCCUUGCACAUGCAACCAAAAUCAGAGUUCUCCUGUAUUUUGUAUUGGCUUUUGGUACUUUAAACCUCCUCUUAGAGUUGACAAAGAUAUAUGGACAAUGGGAACAUUAUUGGUCUAGCGCGUAUAAUUACAUUAAUUUAGCCUCCACCAUAUUACCACUCUUGUAUACCGGGAAGCUAUUGGGCGAUUUGUUUAUUUAUAGGCCGCCGUAUGUUGGGGCAUCUUUGUUUUUUGUCUACGUUAAUCUUAUUUUACAAUUCCGAGUGUUCAAGUCAUUUGGAAUAUCAGUGUUCAUAAUAUUCCAAAUAUUUCGUAGAGUAAUCUGGUUUAUUGUUAUUAUUGGGAUAAUGGUGCUAGCGUAUGCGCACAUGUUCCUUUUAUUAUUUAAAUAUCCGGAUGUUGUAAACGUGCUAGUUGCUAAUUCUACGGCACCAGAAACUUUUGACACUUAUCCCAUGUCAUUAGCUACAGUGUACUUUUUUGUGACUGGCUCCUUUAAUUCAGCUAACGAUGCAUUCAGUGACCCCACGAUUGCAAUUCUAACAAUAGUAUUUUCGUUCACAACCGCAAUCGUAUUAUUAAAUAUUUUGAUUGCGCUGAUGAGCGACGUCAUUGAAGUUACAAAGACGAAUGGUAAACGUGCUUGGCUUCAACAAAAAGCGGAGGUUAUAGCUGCGGUGGAAAUGUACAUGCUUUCACCAAGCCAAAGAAGGCGAAAAGAUUUUUUCCCGAGUCUUAUUUAUUACCAUGCAAGCCCCGAUCAGGUGAAAGCAUAUAAAAAACGACGACAAGAGUUAAAGACAACCCAUGAUGAAAUUUACCAUACUGAUAAGGAUGAUGUCGAUGAGUUUGUUGGCUUUGAUGCCUUUCACGUUCCUUCCGACUAUGAUGAGAGUAUCAAUGAGAUUAACCAUUCAACAAAACCUUCAAUAUGGUCUUCAAAGAAGAGUUUGCCUAGCGAUGCAGGAUCAAUAGUCUCAUAA